AUGUAUGUACUAAAUACUAGAGAACUAGCAGCAACAACUCCGACUCAACGGAACUGGCGCGGCAUCCUCAUCGCACUGCUGGUGAUCGCGGCUGUGUUGGGACUGAUCGUCUUCAGCAUAGCCCUGCUCACACCAGCGGGAGACGGCGGAAGAGUGAAGGGCCGCAGACCGACGCUCGAAGAUGUACUCACCGAGCACUACAAGCCUUUUAAUGGGACUUGGCUAACAGAUGAAGAACUGGUGUUCCGCGACCGCUGGGGCGGACUCACACUGUUCAACGUUCGCAAUUUCACCACCAGAUUACUGAUGAAUAACUCCACCUUCAGGGAGCUGAAUGCAGUGGACUUCAAGGUGUCAGCGGAUUUGAAGUUUGUGCUUCUUAUCUCCGACGUAAGACCUGGUUGGCGACACGCUCGCUUAGCUCGAUAUCAUGUUUAUGACGUUAUUACAAGGACCAAAAUUCCAAUAUCUCCAGUGGAAGACGACCGCUCCGCACCGCUCCUACAAUACGCAGAAUGGUCUCCCACAGGCUCCAGUCUGGUCUUCGUCCACGACAACGACAUUUACUACAAACCACGGAUACUCAAGACCCUUGUUUGCAGGAUCACUAAGACAGGUGUCCCCGGUGUAAUAUUCAACGGAGUCCCGGACUUCCUCUACGAGACUGAAGUCCUGCGUCUAGACCGCGCGCUAUGGUUUAGUCCGGACGGCCAGACCCUAAUGUACGUGACAUACAACGACAGUCUGGUGCAACAACAUAAGUACCCUUGGUACGGACUUGACCAGCAGGAGCCUCCAGCAUACCCUUCCAUCAGAACUUUGAGAUAUCCCAAGGUAAACACGAACAAUCCAGUGGUGACAGUAUACGUGGUGAGCCUCAAAACGCCCAAGUUCCUCUUUCCCCAUGCAAUACAGUUUACGUCGCAAAUUGACAAAGGAUGGUACGUCCGUUGGACGACAUGGUUAACGGAAAAACAGAUCGGAGUUUUGUUGCUCAACCGCCCGCAGAAUGUAUCUAUCAUCAGCAUUUGCAACGCUGUCCAGUACAACUGUCAGGAUAUAUUUCGUGACGAAUCCGACGGCACGCGAUGGUCAGGAUUAGGAGCUGAUCCCGUGGAGGAGGACUGUGGGUGGUGCGGGGGUGGUGCGCUGGUGGGAGGUAGGAGUGGGGUGUUCACCUCUGCACCCAUCACCGACCAGGGCGGCAUUUGGAGACAUGCCAUUCAGUUGACGACGGAAACUAGGAUAACACUGACGCAGGGGAACUUUGAAAUAACUCAACUAAUUGGCUGGGACGAAAGAAGACGACUUUUGUACGUAACGGGCACGGCACCCGAGCGUGCUGGCGAACGGCACGUGUACCGGGUGGCGGUGCCGGGCGACGGCAGCUGGCCGCCGCCGCCGCACUGCCUCACCUGCCCCGGCGCCCCCCCCGCACCCCCCGCACUGCCUACCGCUGACACCGACCUACCCGUCGACCAACAGGAAUACGAGAACUCAACAUCGUCUCUAGUACCCUGGCCAACGUCCACGGUACUGCCGCACGUAUCCCACGAGAACGAUUCCCUGCCCACAGCGUGUCUCUACAACAGAGUUAUAUUCAGCAAGAAUUUCUCUUAUUAUGUACAGGAAUGCUUAGGUCCUGGUCCCCCAGCAACGUUUCUAUGUUCCGCCAACGGUGUGCGUCGCUCCGUACUUUGGGAUGGCCAACCCUUACGUCAGAUGUUCGCUGCGCUUGCCACGCCACAAUUUAAGGUCUUCAGAGUAGAGGUACAAGCUCACCGCGAAGCCCGAGUGCGUCUGCUACUGCCACCAGGGCUACGAGAAACAGAUGACCUGCCUCUACCACUCGUUUUACACGUUUCAGCGGAACCAGGCGGACAAUUAGUGACCGAGAGAUGGAAACCAGACUGGGGUUGGUACUUGGCAGCCGCUAGAAACUUCAUCGUAGCCGAAAUUGAUGCCAGAGGCUCCGGAGGCCAGGGUGAAGAACUCAGAACAGAAAUAUAUCAAAAAUUGUUAUCAGUUGACGUAGAAGACCAAAUAGCUGUUCUUUCGUAUCUGCGCGACAACUUGAAGAUGGUAGAUGGUGGACGGGUAGGAGCAUGGGGACGUGGCUACGGUGGCGGUGCGGCGGCCGCGGUGGCAGCAGGCGACGCGCGCAAUGUCACACGCUGUCUCGCCGCCGUCGCUCCACUCGCCGACCUGCGGCACCACAACUCGUACUGGACGGAGCGGCACGGCGGCGGCGCGGCGGGCGCGGCGGCGGGCGCGCUGUGGCGGCGCGCGGGCAACCUGCCGCCGCGCCGCCUGCUGCUCGCCCACGCCACGGCCGACGAGCGCGUGCCGCCCGCGCACGCGCUCGCGCUCGCUCGUGCUCUGGUGCGAGCGAGCGCGCUAUACACGCACCAGGUAUACCCAGAUGAAGGACAUAACUUCGAGCGAUCGUACAUCCAUCUCCAUAAAACAAUGGAGCAAUUCUUCGACGAGUGCUUUGGCCCCGUGGAGCUUGCCGAUUGGGACGCCGGUGGGGUGGGGGGGCUCUUUCCAUUUCGCGACUAG